AUGCCAUGUGCGGAAGGUGAACUGUGCGCUCAACAGGAUAAGACGCCGCAGGCCCCACACGGCCACCCUUGCAAGGGAGGAUGUGGNAAUUGCGGCAGCAUGUUUGGCGACAACGAACAGCACCGCAUCUGCAGUGCGUGCGUCGCCAAGGACGGCAAGCGCAAGGCGCCAGCAGCUGACACCGGUGGAAGGGGACAAUCUAAACGCCCGAAGGUCACGAAUGGGGGGAAUAAGAAGUUUCAGCCUUCUCGUAAGGGGCCUCGUGCGCGGCCGGAUUUAGACGCCAAGCUUGAGAUGCUGAAGCUCAUGGAUGCCAAGGUCACUCAUGAGCAGAUAGCGGACCGCUUCGCGUGCUCGGUACUGCUGGUCCGGGAUGUGAAGAAAAGCCGGCAGAAAUACGCUCGUGCGCGGCCGGAUUUAGACGCCAAGCUUGAGAUGCUGAAGGCGGACAUGGGAGAAUUUGUCGCGACGUAGCGAGGAUGCGGGUACAGCUGUAGCAGUGGUUGUUUUCUUGCGGUGCGCUGCCUGUUUUUGUUUUGUAUUAUUGUGUUUUGUUGCAACAUGGAAGGGGGUGCGCCAGGAAGACACGAGAGAAUUUGUCGCGACGCAGCAAGGGCGGGGGCUACAGCUGUAGUUGUGUGCUUUUUUUUAAUUUUUCUUUGGUGCGCUUAUAAAUUGUUUUGUUUCUUUUGAUUUUCAUUUUUCAACAUUGAAGGAGGGUAACAAAGGGGAAAAUAUAGCCUUGUACGAACGAGAGCAUUUCAAGCAGUUUGUGCCGGUCACAGCCUACUCGGGUGCAUGAUGUGUGUUUCCCUUUCGCCGUCGACUAGUCUUGGUGAGGCACUGCUGCUGUAGCCCGAAAUGCAACGAUCUUAUUUUACAAAACUUUUGUGGGCUCGACAGACAGGGUGAAACCGCACAUGUCGCGGGAAAGAAAGUCUGCCCAGGCCUACACUAGAACUUCACAUAACAGCAGUGUCGAUCCAUUUCGUACUA